GUCCACAGAGCGGAGCCUGGUUCCCAGCCCAGGUCUGGACACAGCAGCCUCCUCGGGUGUCCACAAUGCCCAACCCUGCCUCCUGGCCCCACCCUCCUCCUUGCCUGCUGCUGACUCUACUGCUGGGACUCACAGGAGCAGCAGGUGAGGAGGAGCUGCAGGUGUUUCAACCUGUCAGAUCAGUGUCGUUCGCAGCCGGACAGACGGCCACUCUGCACUGCACCCUAACCUCUGUGCUCCCCGUGGGGCCCAUCAAGUGGUUCAGGGGGGCUGGACCAGGCCGCCAGUUAAUCUACAGUUUCAAGGGCGGAGAAGGCCCCUUUCCCAGAGUAACAAAAGCUUCAGAUGCUACAAAGAGAAACAACACGGACUUCUCCAUCCGCAUCGGUAGCAUCACCCCUGAGGACACCGGCGUCUACUACUGUGUGAAGUUCCAGAAAGGGACCCCUAAUGUGGAGAUUAAGUCGGGCCCAGGCACUCGGGUCACCAUGAGUGCCAAACCCUCUCCCCCCGUGGUCUUGGGCCCCACGGAGAGGGCCACGCCUGAGCAGACAGUGAGCUUCACCUGCCAGUCCCAUGGCUUCUCCCCCAGAAACAUCACCCUGAAAUGGUUCAAAAAUGGGAAUGAGCUGUCGGCCUCCCAGACCAACGUGGACCCCGAGGGAGACAGCGCCUCCUACCGCAUCUCCAGCACAGCCGAGGUGGUGCUGGCCCCGGGGGAUGUUUGCUCCCAGGUCAUCUGUGAGGUGGCCCACGUCACCCUGCAGGGGGGCCCCCCUCUUCGUGGGACCACCAACUUGUCAGAGACCCUCCGAGUCCCGCCCCGUUUGGAGGUUUCCCAAAGCCCCGUGGCAGGGAACCAGGUGAACGUCACCUGCCAAGUGAAGAACUUCUACCCCCGGCGCCUGCAGCUGAGCUGGUUGGAGAACGGAAACGUGUCCCGAACAGAAACGGCCUCGAACCUCACAGAGAACAAGGAUGGGACCUUCAACUGGACAAGCUGGCUGCUGGUGAACGUCACUGCCCACAGGGAGGACGUGGUGCUCACCUGCCAGGUGGAGCAUGACGGGCAGCCGGCGGUCCCCAGAACCCACACCGUGCACAUCUCUGCCCACAGGCAGGACAAGGAUACAGGCCAGAUCCCUGGCCCAGAGCCACCUCCUCGGCUCCUGGUGGCUCUCCUCCUCGGCCACAAGGUGCUGCUGACUGUUGGGGUCUCUGCCAUCUGCGUGCACAAGAUGAGGAGAGCCUGACUCUCCUUCCUUCCCCACCUGCUGCCUGCUGUCCUCCAUGCCUGCUGCCCCCUUGCUGCCCUGAGGGUCCCAGUCAAAGACAAUGAGCAGCCAGAAGCUCCAAAUGCCAGCCAACCUGGAGAACUGCCUGCCCUCAGCUCCUGCUCCUUCUCAGAUUCCUUGAUGCCCCCAGAGCUGUGUCUUCAUAUACGGGCCUGCGUAGGUGCCAUGAGAACUAGCUCUGGAGACUGACUCAAACAUCUCCCUAGAAUGUGAGAAACAAAUCAAAUCUGCGUAUCAGGAUAUGUCUCUCGCCUCACCUUUGGGACUCGGCCAUGAGCUGCACACUAUGCCCAUGCUCUGUGGCGUCAUCCUGUCUCCUGACUCCUGCCUGCCGUUCCCUAGCCUUGUUGAGGCUCUCGAAUGCUUCCGAGUACACAUGAAUUCCAGUCCUGUUUUUAAGAAGAAAAAUUAUUGUCCUUCCUCUUUGCCUAAGUGUCCUACUCCUCAAACCCAGAAUAUUUUCCGCCUUUUCUCUGUGAUAGGAACACUAGUUCUUCUAUCAUCCUGUCCCCUUCCCAACUCUGUUGCUCAUGGACCAUAUGCUGUCAGCCC